AUGAACUACAAGUACAUUCUUCAUGAGAAAUCCCCUCUCGCCAAGGCUAUUCGACAUCUGCUUCAGAUGUUUGCAGUCCCGGCCGACCACAUCAUCGCGGAGGGGCAGCACUUCGCCGUGAAGGACGGUUCAAUGAUUCACAUGGGCAUUCUUCCGCUCCUCACAACGCUGCGCACCACGGCAGAGGACGCCGAACUACGUGCCUUCAUAGGAGCAGAUGCAGAAGUGCGUCCGUUGGUGAAUGAGUGGGUGUCGACAGCGCUCCUCGUAUCUGCUGACGCGAUGGGUGAGCGAGCAGCUGCUGGUACACCCUUCGCUAAGCACGUCUUUGCGGAGAUUGAGAAGUGUGUGGAGACUUCCAACGUGCAGAAGAGCUUCCUGGUGGGAACGCCACGCGCGACUGUCGCAGACUAUCUUCUGUACGCCGCUAUUCAUGCCCACCCCAACGGAGCGGCGGAGACGCUGCCGUCCACGGUGGCGUGGUCGCUCCAUGCCCAGGGUGACGCCUUCCUUGCGCCCAUUCUCUCCGAGUCCGCAACAACAGCAGCAGCGGCAACGGCCAAGGCGGCGAAGGGUAAUAAGCCCAUGUAUGUGAAGCCGUCAGAAGAAGAGAUUUUGCGCCGCCGUCUGGAGAAGGAGAAGGAAAAGCAAGAGAAGCUGGCGAAACUGGCACAGGCUAACAGUGGCGCCGCAGCCGCCGCUGAUCCACAGAGUGCGAAGGACGACAAGGCGCAGCAGAAGAAAGGGCGUCAGGAGCCCGCCCCAUUGGAUCCCAACCGUCUCGACCUGCGUGUUGGCCGCUUCAUAAAUGUCAAGCGUCACCCAGAUGCGGACCGCCUCUAUGUUGAGGAGAUGGAUCUCGGAUCCGAGAAGCGCACAAUCGUCUCUGGCCUCGUGGAGCACUACACCAUCGAGGAGUUGGACAACUCGCUGUGCAUCGCGGUGUGCAACAUGAAGCCAAAGCCCCUGAAGGGCAUCACAUCACAUGGUAUGGUUCUCUGCGCCUCCAAUGAUAACGCUCUUCGCCUCGUCCGCCCACCGGAGGGUGCCCAGCCAGGUGAUCGUAUUGUUUUUAACGACGCCUUUGACCCCGCAAAGCUGCAGGAGACGAAGCAGCUGUCGAGUGCCGUCAUGAGCGAGUAUGUCGGGUUUCUGCGCACAGACGGUGAGGGCAUCGUGCGUUGGCGCGACACCCCCGCGCAGCACGCCAACGGUGUGCUCAAGAUCCCCGAGGUAACGAACGCCGCCGUCAAGUAA